AUCCGUGCGUCGGUCGAAGCCUCGCGCCUUGCUCGUGCUCGCUCCCUCGCGCAGUGUCAGAGAACGCGUCCGACCGUCCGUUCGAAGCGUUGGACUUUCGAGUGGCGACGUACGCUAGCCUAGCGUGUCUUCAUUAUUGAUGCAAAAGUUCCACGAUGGUAGAUCAUAACGAGAAAUUGUUACAGGAGUUGCAAAAGAAAAGUGGUAAUAAUGUGUGCGCCGACUGUGGAACAGAAGAUCCCGAUUGGGCUUCUUACAACCUCGGCAUCUUCAUAUGCAUGCGUUGCGCAAGUAUACACCGUGGGAUGGGUGCACAUAUCAGUAAAGUGAAGCACUUAAAUCUCGACAAAUGGGAAGACUCACAAGUGCAACGAAUGAAGGAGGUCGGCAACGCGGUAGCUAAGCUGAAAUAUGAAGAACGCGUGCCUCCUUGUUACAGAAGACCAACGAGACAUGACCCACAAGUGUUGAUGGAACAAUGGAUCAGAGCAAAAUAUGAAAGAGAAGAGUUUUGUCAUCCCGAACGUCAGAGUUACCUCUCGGGUAAUAUGGAAGGAUUCCUAAUGAAAAGGGGCAAAGAGGAUAGCAGAUACCAACUAAGGAAAUUCGUAUUGAACGAAAACGACGACACACUGAAGUACCACGUCCGAGAGAACAAAGAACCAAAGGGUAUUUUGAAACUGUCCGAAUUGACCGUUUGUUUCGCACCACCCAAAAUUGGUCAUAUGAACUCUAUGCAAUUGACCUUCAUGAAAGACGGCUCCACCCGCCAUAUAUACGUAUACCACGAAGAGCCAGAAGUCAUAAAUAAUUGGUACACAGCAAUUCGUUGUGCCCAAUUGCAUUUACUUCAAGUGGCUUUCCCUUCCAUUGCUCAAUCAGACCUUGUCCUACGUCUACCCAAAGACUUCGCCCGUGAAGGCUGGCUCUGGAAAACAGGACCCAAGCCAUCGGACGCCCAUCGACGAAGGUGGUUUACAUUGGACAACAGAAAGUUGAUGUAUCACGACGAACCGCUCGACGCUUACCCAAAAGGCGAAAUCUUUGUGGGCCACGAAUCCAACGGCUACUGCAUUAGAGUAUCUAACACGGGGAAUGGUUGCAAAGACGCCCGAUUUCCCUUCCACUUGGUGACUCCUGAGCGGACUUACUGUCUCGCUGCCACCACACACGAAGACAGAGCCUGCUGGCUCACUGUCAUACAACAGAUAAUCAAAAGACCGCUAACACCUCAAGAUUCAGCUAUUGAAGCAGUGCUGGUAAGAAAAAGGACUACAUCCAAUUCAAUGAACAUCUUCUCUGGCAGGUAGUUACUCUGUCAAUCUUACACUCACGCUGUAAGAUAGUUGAACUGCACUUUACAAGAAUAUAAAGUUCGUUUGAUGAACUGUUGAUUAUAUCAACAAACAUUAUGAUAAUCUCCUUUUAGUAUAACGAAACGCAUUUCAAAGACGAUUUUUUUAAUGUUCAAUAAAUUUCAUUCAAUUUGAUCAAAGUUAGUUAAUUAUAUUUGAUCACGUUUAGUUUCUGUUUAACCUACCUUUUAAAUGUAAGUAUAAAUUAUUUUAUGUUUCUUUCUUUAGUUUUUAGCACAACGUUGGGACUGAAUCGAUUAUGUGUUAAAUUAUUGAUUUUAUUUAUGAUAAGGUUUUUAUGUGCGUGUGUUUGUGUUACUAUGCAGAAUGUGGCGAAACGCACAAAUAUCAUGUAUUAUUAGUGAAAUAAUCUGUAAAUUGUAGAAUCCAAAGUGUUUGUCUAUAUUAUAUCAAUAAUCAUAUUAAUAUUACAAAAAAAAAUAUGAUCAUGUAAUUUACAAAUCUUUUAGAACGAAGCGAGUUCAUAUACACGAUAAAAUACUUUAUGAUAAUGGGCAUACGGUAGAAUUUACCUAGGAACAGAAUUAACAAAAAUUUUAAACAGCGAUCUAUUGAAUCACUGUGAAUCUGAUGACAGUAUAAUUAUAUUACUUAGGGAACGAAAUUGUAUUUGUAAAUAUUUCUAAAGAGUCACCAGAUUCUUCUUGAGGCC